AUUAGAAAUUUCAACUUUCGAGAUGGAUUGAGAAAGAAAAACCUUUUAUAAAAACAAAACGAAAAUAUCAAAAUUAACUUUUAAGAUUUCAUAAACACAGUCGCGCGGUUUAGAGAAAGAGAAAUGGGAAGAGCUUAUGUUUAUGUGAUUCUUGGUGGUGGUGUUGCUGCUGGUUAUGCUGCUCUUGAGUUCUCAAGAAGAGGAGUCGGUCAUGGUGAACUUUGCAUCAUUUCUGAAGAAUCUGUUGUACCUUAUGAAAGACCUGCACUGAGCAAAGGAUUUUUACUUCCAGAAGCUCCUACACGCCUUCCAUCUUUCCACACCUGCGUAGGAGCAAAUGAGGAAAGGUUGACUCUAAAAUGGUACAACGAACAUGGAAUUGAACUAGUUCUUGGAACUCGAGUUAAGUCUGUUGAUGUGAGGCGGAAGACACUGCUAACUUCACUUGGAGAAACUAUAAGUUACAAGUACCUGAUUAUUGCAACAGGGGCUCGGGCUUUAAAACUUGAAGAAUUUGGAGUGAGCGGUCCAGAAGCCGAAAAUGUUUGUUAUUUGCGUAAUGUAGCUGAUGCAACCAGGCUUGUUGAAGUGAUGCAAUCUUGUCCUGGUGGGAAUGCUGUUAUCAUUGGUGGGGGCUACAUCGGUAUGGAGUGUGCCGCAUCUAUGGUGAUAAAUAAAAUGAAUGUCACAAUGGUCUACCCAGAGGCCCAUUGCAUGGCCCGUCUAUUUACAAGAAAGAUUGCGAAUUACUAUGAAGAUUAUUACAAGUCUAAAGGAGUGAAAUUCAUUAAAGGAACUGUUUUGUCAUCAUUUGAAAAGGAUUCAGACGGGAAAGUAACAUCUGUAGUUCUUAGGGAUGGAACCAAACUUCUCACAGAUAUGGUUGUGGUAGGAAUCGGGAUCCGGCCGAACACAAGUUUAAUCGAGGGUCAGCUGACUUUGGAAAAGGGUGGAAUUAAAGUGAACGGUCUAAUGCAAUCAAGUAAUAGCUCAGUAUAUGCAGUGGGAGACGUUGCAACAUUCCCAGUCAAACUCUUCGGGGAAACUCGUAGACUUGAACACGUUGACUCGGCACGUAAAUCAGCAAAACACGCUGUUGCAUCAUUAAUGGCUCCAAACAAAACAUGGGAUUUCGAUUACCUACCUUUCUUCUACUCUAGAGUUUUUACAUUAUCUUGGCAGUUUUAUGGUGACAAUGUAGGAGAAGUAGUACACUAUGGGGAUUUUUUAGGAAGCACAUUUGGAGCUUAUUGGGUUAAAAAUUGUUAUCUUGUGGGGUCAUUUCUCGAGGGUGGAACUAAAGAAGAGUACGAAGCCAUAGCAAAAGCAACCAGACUGAAACCCAGGAUCGAAGACUUAGCAGAGCUCGAAAGACAAGGUCUUGAUUUUGCUGUUUCAAUUGGUUAGCAACUGCCUCCUGUGGUUGCAACCGUUGCUGAGGUGCCAAGCUUUGGAAUCAUUAUGAAUAAACCAUUACAUGCUUGGCACGCCGUUGCCGGGGUUGUUCUGGCUGCGUCCAUUGCUGGGUUUGGUUACUGGUACGGAAGAAGACGCCGAAAGUGGUAGAGAUUGACGCUGUCAUCCUAGGUUUUCUUUUAAAUAUGGAUGGCGAUUCAGUUUCCGUUAUGCUCAUCAUGUUGUAGCAGUUUUCGGUGUAGGAACAUUAAAAAAAAUACAUAAAUGAUCUAAUGGGGGUUUCCCUAUCAUACAUCUAUUGUUUAUUAUUCCAAAUUUAGAUACAUAAACAAUAAAAAAUUGUUAUAUGAAAUUGUAUUUGUACUGAUAUUUGUAUUCUAAUCAUUUUUUUUUCUUCAUAAAGAGAGGAUUGGUUGCAGACACGUGUAUACAUAUUUUAUUUAUAUAUACAAUCAUUUAUAUUAUAAGGGA